AAGUAAACGAUUAAGCCUAUUUCCAAUAAGUUUUUUUUCCCCAGAUUUUAAGAUGACUGCAAACAUUGUGAAUGAGAAACAACAGAUCGUAAAUAGAUGGAUUUUAGAAUAUACAUUUUCGUUGGUGUGGAAGGAUUUUGUGGAAUGUGGAUCUGUUGACCGUAAAAACAACAGGGAUCUUAUUCAAUGGAUUCUUGGCCAGCAGGUCUUCGAAGAACCCGAGGAGCUAUGGCAGAUCUAUAUCCUUUCUCUCCUGUGUCGUUUGGUGGAUGGAGAGACGUAUGAAACAAAGUAUGAAGCAGGAAGCAAUCUGACUGUACUUGAGGAUGCUGCUGGAAUUCUGGAGACCUUUUUGAAAGACAUCCCCCAGUCCCUCCAAAAGGAGGGUCAUGAUUUUCUAGACACACUCAAACAACAGGCUGUAUACGUUUGCUGCAGAGAUGACAAUUUUGAAGCAGCAAAAGAGGUUUAUGCUCGUCAGUUUUCUGAGAUUAGUAGCGAAAGAAGUCAACAGGAAAAUAAAGAGAAUAACAAUAGAGAAAUCCAGAAGCUGCUAAAAUCAGAAAACCCCAAACACAGUACACUUAAUACACACAGAUAUACAGACUUCCUUCAUAAAGCUCAGAAAUUCCUCAAACACUUCAUCAAAACAGAUGAGCCAGUAUUGUUGCAGAUGGCACACAAGAAAUGGAAACCACAGGCAAAAGGGAUGACAAAUGGGCAUGACAAAUUUAAAGACAAGUUUGUUAAUUUAGAAUCAUUAACAAAAGUGUGUGAAACCAUGGGCGAACCAAAGGAAAGGAGUUGGCCAAACUUCAUGGAACAGAGGGAUUUAAAAGAACACAUACAGAGGGUGAAUACAGAAAAAACAGAUCAGGUCAAUUCAAAUGACAAUGCCAAUACAGCAUCAACAAACGGCUCAAGUCCUUUAAAGAGGAAAAGUGGUGAAAUUUCAGAUUCACAGGGAAACAGUUCAUUGGCAACGAGGAUACGAACAAACACAAACAUGAACCCCAGAGUAAUUCUGAAUGCCAAGCUUCCCAAGUUACAUGUACCUAGCCCAGCCAGGUCUGUACCUAAGGCCACGUCUUCACCUGGGAAGUUACGGAAACCCUGGCUGGAGGCUGAAGUGAAUGACUUCUAUCAGGGGGUACAGAUUUUUGGUGUGGGAAACUGGAGUCAAAUAAGGGAUGCCAUGAAAACCUCCAGAACCAAUGUUCAGCUCAAGGAUAAAUGGAGAACAAUUCUCAAAACAGGAGAAAUUAAAAGGCUGGAGAAAGAAUUUGGAGACUUGAAAUCAAGAAAGGGAAAAAAAUGAGACUGCAAAUGGUUAAUGUGGAUCCUAGAUUUGUAUCAAUAUUAUUAGUACAUGUAUCUGUUGUGCAAGUGAGCAAUCUUUUACUGUUUCAUAACUUUUAUCUAUAUAAUUUUAUCCUUAAACAGGUAUUUUAAAAAACAAACAAUUUUAAAAACUUUUUUUGAGGCUAAUGUUUUAUUUCCACAAUGGAGUUCAUUGCAAGUACUUGUAUAAUACAUCUCAAAUUAAAUUUCAUUGUAUUUGUAAACAGAAAAACAAGUCUGUAGGAUACAAGUAUUCAAAGAAAAUAGUCAAAAGAACUGUUUUAAAGAUGAAGAUAACAUUUACAAGAAAGCAAAAUAUUUAUUAAAUUCAAACAUUUGUUCAGACAGUAAUAUAUGUACGAUUAAAAAGAUUGUAAGGAAAUUAUCAUCUAUUGUAAACGUUCAUUUCAGAUCAGCAUACUUUUUAAAGUAUAUGAUAGAGUUGAAUGUGGAUUUUCGUCAUAUACUAAUCACAGGAAAGCAUUUUGGAAAUGCAAUAUACUGUAUAUGAUUGCGUAUUAAAUUGAAAUUACAUGCCAUCUAACCCUAUGCAUUUUUUUUGCAAAUUAUUUCAACACAGUGAAAUCAUACCACAAAAACUUUCAUAAUGGUGUUGUAAUGGCACAAGAUGCUCUGUAAUCAAUGGUGUGAUCUUGUGAUGGGUCACAAUGAUCCAUCUUAAUGGAUAUGGUUUAGUACACUUAUGUUAAUGCACUGUGAUGGGGCAUGGUGAUCCCUGACAUAUAUAAAUCAUAAUAAUUGGUCAAGAUGUCCAUCAUAAUUCUUAAGUUGGUUCAAGAUACCUCUUUGUAUCAGUGUACAAGUAAAGUGUAAAGAUUC